UAUUUGGUAAGAGAUAGCUUUGGGCGACUUUGCCUGGAUUACCACAGCCAAUCAGGACACAGGACUCUGCUCUUUGGACUACAGGCUGCUCCUGAAAACCGAUCACUUCGCCCCCCAGAGCUCACUUCUAGUAAGAUUCUACUCCAGCCUGCAAGACACUUCCUGCUCCCAGCCCUCUAGACCACCAGGGCAUCUGAGACCUCGCACUGAAGAUGGCUCAACCACAAACAGUAAUUGUGACUCAACCUGGAUUUGUUCGUGCUCCCCAGAAUUCCAACUGGCAGACCAGCCUGUGCGAUUGCUUCAAUGACUGCGGAGUCUGCCUCUGCGGGACAUUUUGCUUCACAUGCCUUGGGUGUCAAGUGGCAGCCGACAUGAAUGAAUGCUGUUUGUGUGGGACAACUGUGGCAAUGAGGACGCUCUACCGAACCCGAUAUGGCAUUCCCGGAUCCAUUUGUGAUGACUAUUUGGUCACUCUCUUCUGUCCUGUUUGCUCUGUGUGCCAAAUCAAGAGAGACAUUAACCGGAGGAGAGCCAUGAAUGCUUUCUAAGAGCCGGAUGGGGAGAGCUCUCUCUGAAGCAGCUGACCUCAGAACACACCUCUUCAGCCCAAGUCUUUCCAAAUCUUCCACAACGGAGAUACGAUGGGGAUAAUUACAAGACGGUGGUGUUUUAGAAAUUCGACUUUUUGAUUUGAAAUGGAUGUUGCUCUUUGAUUUGGCUUCCCCUUUCUUCCACGUCAUCAAAUAUCCCAGCUUAUAAUUUUUUUACACUUUAAACAUAGACCAAAUAAAAGAUUUUACUAAGAGGA